GAUAAAAUGUCAAAAUAUUUAUAAAAGUUUUGUGGGUGUUUGUUUUUGUUAAUAUUAUUUAAAAUACUACCAUAAUAUGGCUAAGUUCUCCCUAAAAGAUAGUAGUGAGCAUUAUAUAGAGUUAUCAGAAACCCCUAAAAGGUUUGAUGCUGAUAGCCCGGUCACAAAUGUUUUCUUUGACGAUACCAAUGGACAGGUAUUUACAGUGCGAUCGGGAGGCGUAACUGGUGUGUCGGUAAUUGGGAUGGACGACAGCAAGUGCACGUCAUUCCGAAUGGAAGAUAAAGGGCCAAUAAUCUCAAUAAAGUUCUCUCCAGACCACAAAAUACUGGCCAUACAACGCAACAGGGAUAACCAGAAUGCCACAGUAGAGUUUCAAAACUUUAAAGAUUUGGAACCUACCAAUGUGGAAUAUGCUCACACCUGUAAGUGGAAGAAUGCCAAGAUACUGGGCUUUGUUUGGUCGAAAGUAAAUGAAAUUGCCUUCAUUACUGACCACGGCAUUGAACUCCUACAAGUUGUGCCGGAGAAGAAGCAGUUAAAGAGCUUAAAAAAUACUUCCUUCAGUGGAGCAUGGUUUUCGUGGUGUUCUCAAAGUAAGAUCAUCUUACUGGCGGGCAACAAUGGCGCUCUGCUGCAGCCGUUCUCCCUCAACGGCUCCACCAUCACUAAAUUAACUAAACUGGAUUUGGAUGCGGCGCGGCCGGUGGUGGAGCGCGACGUGCUGGCGCUGCGGCUGUGCGGCGCCGCGUGGUGCGCCGUGUUCCGCCACGGGGCCAGCGCCGCCGCGCCCGCCGCAGGACCGACAGAAGUGUGGGUGAUGCCAGUAGCCGGUCCUUCGGGCGCGCACCUGACGCACAUCCUGAGGACGGGGCUGGUCGGGCGGUUCGCGCUCAACGUGGUGGACGAUCUCAUUGUGGUGCAUCAUCAGUCGAGUCAAACAUCGCUAGUAUUCGACAUAAUGGAGGAGUCCCGUCCGGAGAACAACACGGUGGUGCACAUCCCGGUGGUGCCGGGCCGCGGCAUGCGCCCCGCCGUAGUGGGGGACCAGCCGUGCCCUAUGUACUCUGGUAACUGGGUGGUGUUCCAGCCGGACUACAUGAUAGACGCGCGGCUCGGCUGUCUGUGGCGCGUGGCGCUCGCGCCCGAUGCUCUCGCACAUCAGGUGCCCAAAGACGAGAUCUCAAAGAUAGUGGCGGUGUUACUGCGACGCACGGAGGGCAAGGACACGAUCUACCGGAUACUGAACCAGCUAGUAGCGGACGCGGCGAUAUACCUCGUCGAGCUGUCCAAGGUGUUCGACGAAAUUAACAGUGUGUAUAGGAAAUGGGCGGACAUCGAGGUGGCCCGCAACACGGCGGGGCAGGAGGCGAGCCGCGUGUACGCUCCGCCUAAAGUCAUCAUCACACAAGCGGACAUGUGUUCCCAUGUGUUGGCGGCACAUAACGACCAUAAGCAUCUUGUGCAGGUGGUGACAGCGUACAUAGCGUCCGUCUCCCGCCACGACAUGACGGUGCAGCACGCCGUGGCCGAGCUGUGCGUGAGGGCGCGAGUCACGCGCGGCGCCACGCAGACUCUCACGUCGCUAGUCAGACGCGGUUGCCUGGCGGACGCGCGGCCGCUGGCGUGCCAGCUGCUGUCGCUGGGCCACAUGGAGCCGGCCGCGGCGCAGCUCGCGCUCGACAUGAUGUGGCGGCUGAAGGCUUAUGAGGAAAUAGUAGAAGUCCUGCUAAGCUGGGACGAGCCGGUGAGCGCGGUAGGGGCGGCCAAGCAAGCCAGCGCGGCGACCUGGCUAGGGCUGCCACCGCGCAAGUUGCUGGCGGCGGCGGCGCACGCGGCCGAGCGUGGUGACCCUGGCGCCUUCGUGGCGGUCUACCACGCGCUGGUCGCCAGGAAUGAGAGGGUUAGGGGGUCGCCGGCGUUUCUUAAAGGGGAACAAUGCGACAGCUAUGUGGAGCUUUACAAGAAACUCACUGCAGAGAACUGAAAAUGUAUUUAUAUUAUUACUGGUUAUCAAUAACUUGUAACAAAUAAUUUUAUGAUAAGAAUAUUUGUGGAAGGAUAGAUGAUUGUUGAAAUUUUAUUGUUGAUGUAAAUAUUAUUAUUACUUUAUUUAUGUUAUAUGCGAAUCAAUAUACAAUUUUACCUACA